AGAAUCCUUGUGGACGCGUCCCAGGCCGGCCAUGCUAGGCGAGCGCUGGCUUACCGCAUGGGUGCUGCUGGCAGCCGCUUUGUGGCCUCGGUACGCGGCGAUACCGGAGGAGGACGACGCUCGCAGCGACCAGGAGGGCCCGACUUUCGAAGAGAUCGAGGACCUCCGUACCCGCUACAGCGCCGUCCAGAUAUCCAGAGACUCGGAGCAUAUCAAGAGAGACCUGUCACGUGUCCUGCUCUUUGCGAGGGAGGGGAAUCUGGACACCGAAGAAACAACGUUUUACUUCAUGAGGAUGCACGACUACGAUGACAACAACCAGCUGGAUGGGCUGGAGCUGAUGCAGGCGUUCGACCACCUUCUCGAGCACAACAACGAGACGUCAACUGAAGCGAAACUGGUCGCGAUGGUGGACAACCUGAUGGCCGUGGACGCCAACAACGAUGGUCUCGUCUCCUUUCCCGAGUGGCUGGCCUUCAUCCGGACCACGAAUCCCAAGGAACAUGAGAACAUUGAACACGGUGGCAACGUCGGGAGCCAGGGACAGACGAAGCACUCUCACUUGGAUCAGUGACUCGAGAAAAGAUACCCGGCCAGACUUUGACCACCAUCGUACCCACCCAUGCCUGCUUUAAGUGGAGCCCUCUGUACUUACAGUGCCAUCUGCAGCACGGAAGCUGAACAAAACACUGCGGCGUGGUUGAUCGUGAAAGUGCGGACUUCUUUAUGUUUCCUCAAGCUUCGACCUUACCCAUAGUACGCUCGAACUUUCGAGAUGCAGUACUCUAGCCUCCUCUUGCUUGCGUAGCACUCCUAAUCAGCUUCGCGGGGUGCUGAAUACUUUUAAAGCAGGCGCCGGCUUCGUGUGACCGUGGUGGCUCUUCGUGUUUUCUCCUUGGUGAAUUUGGCUGUUUUAUUUCAUUAGCCGUGGGGGCUUUUUGUGUUUUGUGCAUGGUGAGUUUGGUCGUUUUUUUUUUAUUAGCCGCAAGAGAACGACGUGUACUUUUG